AUUACCUAUAUUUUGGGCGUUUUCACUCUUUAAAAGUGUAAAAAAAACAAAAAAAAAUCAUUUCAGUUUUUAUUAAGCCCAGAAAUGGGCCAAUGAAGGAUCAAAAAUAGCUGCGAUGCAUUAUCCGGCAUCCUCAUAUAAAGUAUUUGUCAUUUUUGAUGAUUUAUUUAAUUUACAGUUUAAAUGAACAUGCAACAUGUUGAUAUUAACAAAAGUUUUGAAUUAAAAAAAGUAGUUGGAAGAAAAAAAAUCUCAAAAAUCAAUUUGCUAUAGCAUAAGCAAUUAAUCAUCAACUGACUGUUCAUAUAGAUACAGUACAUAUGCAAUGUAUUUAAAAAAUACACAAGACAAUGUAUAUAAAAAUUUUUGUCAUGUAUAAAAUCCCCAAAUCACUGCAUAUAUUUGAAUUAUCUUUUUAGUUUUCAUGCAGUUUUUCUAAAUUUUUGAAGUUUUUUCUAAUUCUAUAUAUUUUAAUAUAUAAAGGACUGAGAAAUGGGCUGGACCUCCUGCAUUACGGCUUCCUAUCAGCGCCUCUGUUUGGAACCACAACAGCAGAUUUUAUACCUGACUCCACUAUUUAAUUGUUAAAACACAGAACCUGGGUUUCAUUAAUAUUUUUCUAUAUAAAUGUUGUUUUUGUGCUGGUUCUGACAGGCUCGUGGGUCAGUUCUGAUUGGGCUGAUUUUCCAUGUCAGAUCUGGACUGUUUGACACCUGCAGGAGAAUUACGUUGAGCACAAAGCGUCCCUCAGUGUUUUCCUCACCGGGAAGUCUAUCCCUUCGGCUCCCGGCAGGAAAACUUUCCCCGGCGGGAGUCGUGCGGCUGUUUCUGCUGACACGCAGCCGCUACUGUAGCUCUCUCUCUGUGCUGUACAGUGUGUCUGCAUUGCGUCGAAUCCUCCCCCCACUCCCCUCCCUGUUUUCUCUCGCUCCCUCCUUUCCUGCUUCACUCACUUCUCUUUCCUCUCCUCAUGAAAUCCUGCAAUAUGCUUCCAAAUUAACGGACACAUAUCGGGUCUCCGCAGCAGGAUCCUCUGCUUCAUUUUCCCUCCUCUUCCUCACCAGGUUUUUUUUUAAGUGGUUUUCUCUUGAUGCAGCAAAGUCCGGUCCUUCCCGUCAGAAUGUGAGCUUCGUCCAGCUCAUUAUUCCUCCUCUCCCUCCUCCUCCUCCUUGUUUUCCAGUAUGAUUUUAAGAAAUAGUCAGUCGGGAUUUUUGCUGCUGCGUUCAGAGCCAUCAAAAACCUCCUCCUUUUCCUCCUCCUCCUCCUCCUGCGGGCUGCACCGACUGGCGCUGAAAAUCAACACCAAGAGGAUACGGAUGUUGACCAAGACAACAUAGUCUAUUAAUAUUUCAGAGACACUGUAAAGAGAUAUCUGCUGGUAUUAAAGCCAGAGUUGAGGUGGGUGGCUGGAGAGGACGACCAGUUCCAUCUGCUGCGCUCCAAACUCAGGUGUGAGACGAGGGACUGCUGAGGGAACGUUCAGUUCAGAGACGAUGGCGAUGAUGAGGAUGAUGAUGGUGAUAGGGAGGGAGGCUCUGCGCAUCUCCUGGCAUUUGUAGGAGCCUCUCCACUUCAACCUGCCCCCACCACCUACGCGCCGCUUCCCCUUCCUGCCCAUCAUCCCCCAGGAAGGAUGACUGUGGUGUCCACGGAAAACAUGGACGACACCUCCACCCUGCCGGGCCACCCGCAGGACCCCUACCCGCUUGACGACGACCACAAUGAUCACGACUGCUGUGAGCGGGUGGUCAUCAACAUCUCUGGGCUGCGGUUUGAGACCCAGCUUAAGACUCUCGCCCAGUUUCCUGAAACGCUGCUCGGGAACCCCAAGAAGAGGAUGCGCUACUUCGACCCCUUAAGAAACGAAUAUUUCUUCGAUCGGAAUCGUCCGAGCUUCGACGCUAUCUUGUAUUAUUACCAGUCUGGAGGUCGGUUGAGGAGGCCGGUCAAUGUCCCACUGGACAUGUUCUCAGAGGAGAUAAAGUUUUAUGAACUUGGCGCAGAAGCUAUGGAGAAAUUUAGGGAGGACGAGGGAUUUAUCCGGGAAGAGGAGCGGCCUUUGCCAGAGAAGGAGUUCCAGCGGCAGAUUUGGCUCCUCUUUGAGCAUCCGGAGAGUUCGGGGCCUGCCCGGGGGAUCGCCAUAGUCUCAGUGAUGGUAAUUCUUAUUUCAAUCGUCAUAUUUUGUUUGGAGACUUUACCGGAGCUAAAGGAGGAUCCCAAUGACCGCAUUCACCAAGUGGGCAACACCACCAUGUAUUACAAGGCAAGCGUCCUGACAGAUCCUUUCUUUGUGGUGGAGACACUCUGUAUCAUCUGGUUUUCAUUUGAACUGAUCGUUCGCUUCUUUGCUUGCCCCAGCAAAGCAGCAUUCUUCAAAAACAUGAUGAACACUAUUGAUAUUGUGGCUAUAAUCCCAUACUUCAUCACUCUUGGCACAGAGCUAGCUGACGACCAAGGCAACAGGGAGGGGAGGGGAGGAGGGGAACAGGCCACAUCUUUAGCCAUUCUCAGGGUGAUCCGUCUGGUGAGGGUAUUCCGGAUCUUUAAACUGUCCCGACACUCUAAAGGGCUCCAGAUUCUGGGGCAAACUCUCAAGGCAAGCAUGAGGGAGCUGGGGUUGCUCAUUUUCUUCCUCUUCAUUGGUGUGAUUUUAUUUUCCAGUGCCGUUUAUUUUGCUGAAGCUGAGGAAAAGGAGUCAUUUUUCACCAGCAUCCCAGAUGCCUUCUGGUGGGCUGUGGUGUCCAUGACGACAGUGGGCUAUGGGGACAUGUACCCUGUGACCAUCGGAGGUAAAAUUGUUGGAUCUCUUUGCGCCAUCGCCGGUGUGUUGACCAUCGCACUACCAGUACCGGUCAUCGUGUCCAAUUUCAACUACUUCUACCACCGGGAGACGGAGGGUGAGGAGCAAGCACAGCUCCUCAACAUCAGCAACCAGAACUUGGCAUCAGAAACCAACUCAAGCCGCCGCACUUCUUCUGUGGUCAGCAAGUCAGAGUACAUGGAGAUAGAUGAGGACUUGAACAACAGCAUUGAUAACUUUAGGGAAGCAAACCUUAGGACUGCCAACUGCACCGCCCCCAGCCAGAACUGUGUGAACAGGGGGAAGCUGCUCACCGAUGUGUAAGGCAGCGCCUGCACACUGCUGUAAAUAUUGUAGAAAUAUCUGGAUGCUUUAAACUCAAUAGGUGCAUUUUAUUCUCUUUUUUAAACAUUAUUCUUUCAAACGUAUAAACAAACAAACACAGUGAGGCAAUCUUGAGCAGAUCUUGGCAAAAAGUUAUGUUAAAUAUUCGUAUCCAUUCCAAAAUAUUUAACGUGUUUCACUGCCAGUUUUACAUAUCAAAUUCAAUUCUUUUGGACCAGAGACAGGAUGCAGGUGUGUCUUUUAUCCUGGACAAACCCCCAAUAAUCUGGCUCCUAGAGUAAAAAAAUAAACUAAAAAGACCCUGAAUUUUCUACAUUGUACAAUCUAUAGGGGUUGCUCCAUCAAUUUAAGAUGCUUAAUCUGUUAGAUUCAAGAGCAAACUUUAGAUACAAGAGAUUUUUGUUAGGUAUACCAGACAAUAUUCAAUUAAUUAUACUGCUUGAGAUAAAAA